AUGGAGAACCGUGCGAUUCUCAGGGAGUGGUUCGACCGAGUUGAUUCUCAGAAAACGGGAAGCAUAACUGCAAAUCAGCUAAAGAGUGCUUUUGCCGCCGGAAACCUUCAGUUUCCAAUUUCCGUUGUUCAGCAAAUAGUAAGGAUGUACGAUUUCGACAGAAAUGGAACUAUGAGCUUUGAAGAAUUUGUUGAGCUUAACAAGUUUCUUCUCAAGGUUCAACAAGCAUUUUCAGGCUUGGAGAGGGGACGGAGGUUUCUUGUUCUAGAUGAAGCAUACGAGGCAUUGGUGAAUAUUGGGUUCUCUCUUGACUCUCCAGCUUUUUAUACUGCUUGUGAGAAAUUUGAUCAAUCAGGGAAUGGCAAACUCAAACUUGACGAUUUCAUAUCUCUUUGUAUAUUUGUGCAGUCUGCAAGGAACCUGUUUAAUUCAUUUGAUACGAGCAGACAAGGCAGGGUGACUCUUGAUUUCAACCAGUUUGUAUAUUGCACUUCAAAUUGCAGAAUAUGA